GUACCCAUCGUGUAGUACCACCCCCGGACUGCAGGCGUGCUCGUGCGCCCACGCCUGCUUCCGCCCCUUGUGCUCUUCCACUUGCUUCCCCUAUUUGUAGCAACCUCCCCGUUGAUAAUGGGAUCCGGCUUCGGGCAUCAUGUUGGAAGUGAAAUAGUAACCAGCCGAUCGGAUGGUUUGUUUGUUGUUGUUUUUUUGUUGUCGCUGUGUUUUCCCCCCACAUCGUUGCAGGCGAGUGUUCAGCUCCUCAGCAUUGGAAUAAAAAGCCGACGCCGAGUGGGGGAGCCUCGUUUUCCUAAUUGUUCCGAAACCACGCCUGCAAGCCACGCCGCCAUCCUAGCCACCAGGUGAGCCAGCAGCAGCAGUCAUGUCCAUUGAGUACACCAUCGAUAUCCAGCUGAGAGAGUUGGGGUACCCGGACAUCCUGCAGCCCACGUACCGGGAGGCUCCCCGCCGCGCCUCGUCGCCCGGGGACUCCCUCUCCCCGGGUCACGUUCCCGACACGCACGUGCGGAGGCUGCUCCUCGCUGGCAAAGAAGCAGGCGCUGCAAAGCCGCCGUCGCACGUUGAACCAACCACGGCGGCUCCCGUGGCUCCUCGGCCCGGCAGCGGAGCGGCACAGAGCCCCGCUGAACGAGCCCCGGCGGGCGAGAAAGCCGUCAAAAGCCCGUCAGAGGCGCGCGCAGCAGCAGCCGCCAGUCCGCCGCCGGCGAACGUCUCCGUCCGGGAUGACGUCACUGAACGAGCGGCAUCGAGGGAGAUGCAGGAUUUGGAGGAUUACUCCGAUGACAGUGAGGUUUCGGACCUGUUCGAGGAAGAAGAGGUCGAUGAGGAUGAUGAGGAGAAGGAGGAGGAUGAUGAUGAGGAGGAGGAGGAUGAGGAGGAGGAGGGACUAUACAAUGAGUUGAGUCAUUCAGGCGACUACCGCUGCGGCGUCUGUGACGUGCAGCUGCCUUCCAAGUUCAAGCUCCAGGAUCACAUGAACCUGCACACCGGGGCACGACCGUACUCGUGUGCCGAAUGCGGAAAGCGCUUUUCCCAGAUUCACAGCUACCGGGUCCACCUGCGCGCUCACGCCAGCAACCGCGCCGACGCCCAGACCAAAGUUGAGGUCUUCCGGUGCCGUAUAUGUCUGACGGAAUACGCAACGCGGAAACAUUUGAGGGAGCACCUGUCCAUGACUCACUUGGAGAAAGAGUUUUACGAGUGUGACCGCUGCAAGCGCGUUUUCACGUCCCUCUCCAAGUGUGAAAACCAUGUGAAGUUCCAGAAAUGUCGGAUCGACGUCAUCUGCGAGGUGUGCGGCCGCGUCUACCGCUCUCACAGAUCUCUGGUGCGCCACCGGAGGACGACGUGCCAGCGGCAUUUUAAAUGCACGGACUGCACCAAGACCUUUACGAGUAAAAACACCCUCCUGAAACACAGCUUCUCCCAUCUCGGUUUGCUGCCUUACACCUGCGUGCGCUGCCGCUGCCACUACCGCCUGGCGCGGCUGUACCGCAAACACAAAUGUGAACCCGAGCGCAUUCACUGCGUGGCGUGUCUCCGGGAGUUCCUGAGUCAGGAGGACUUCCAGCGGCACAAGAAGGACACGGGCUGCUGGGGCAACCAGGAGCCCAAAGGGAACGAGAUCAGGUGCUUGGAGUGUGGGGAGCGAUUCGAGACUCCCGAGGAGCUGAAGAAACACGCCGGGGCCCAUCAGAGGGUGCUGAAGUGUGCGGAGUGUGGGAAGGGUUUCCGCUCGGCCUUGCUGUUGAUGUCCCACAUGGGGGGUCACGCCGGCAACUCGCCCUGCCUUUGUCAGAGCUGUGGACUGGGCUUCCCCCACCAGCAGAACUAUCACAGCCACCUCAAGACGUGUGGAAAGAUACCUCAACCUGCAAGUGCUCCCAAGAAACGGCCAGCCUCGACGAGCUCCUCAUCCAAGACCAAAAUGGUCGAUGCCAAACCAGACUCAUCGCCCCCAACAAAUACAGCCGCUACGCCUGCUGCCGUCGUAAACGCCACCGCUGCCCCAGCCAAGGAGUCUCCUGGACCAGGACGUAUGACGGAGAGGGGGGAAAACGACCUCGGUCAACCAGAUGGAGUGUGGACGAUGCGCCUCGUCCUGCCGCCGCCACCAACCGGUGGCAAACUUGUUGUGUUUCUCCCCGUCUGUAAAACUGACCCUCCGACGCCCACAUCAGGCAUCGCUCAGACGCUUCCAUCUAUGCGGGGGCCGACUGAGGCCCCGCCGCCUCUUUCAAAUGAACACCGUGGAGAGAUGCAAGAUAGCCCCCUGAAUCUGGUAACUAGGGUCAAACGAGAUCUAGAGUGGGACGCCCCUCUGAAUUUGUCCAAUAAGAGUCAUUCGUCAACUCUCGGCAACAUUCCAGUUUCAGCUAUCAAAAGUGAGCCGGGAGAAUUUGAAAUUUCAGACGAGCUGAACAGCACCGAAAGACAAGAAUUUUAAAAGAUCUACAGCAAAGUGGUUGUUGUUGGAGACACAGAUAAACUUGCCUCUCUUCAGCAUUUCUAAGUGGAUUUCCUGGGUUCCUCCAGUUUCAUGGUUAAUGCAACGUCUUCUGGACUGUUUGUAGAGAUAAAGGAAGCGCCUCAGUCUCCUGGUCCUGGUUUUGAUCUGUGGUCAUACAGAUUAAUUAAGAUGGCGGUAGACAUUGCUGAAAAAAAAAAAAAAAAAAAGUAAUCCGUUGUCAGAUUCCAUUCCUCUGGUCGUGUCUUAUUCCUAUCAAGGAUACAUCCUCUGCUGGUACUUCAGCCACUGUGUACAUUUCUCUUGAAUCAUAUCUACCAUUGUGCCCUUGUAUCACCAAGCAGACUUUUGUUCUACUGGUUCCACUCUUAUGAAUAGAACGCAGUUGACCGACAGACCUUUUGGUUCAGAAUAAAAAAUGUUAUUGGUUCCUCUACAAUUCCAACCAAACAUUCCAAGCCAUUGCUGCUAUGGCGUUUUUUUUAUUUUCCUUUUGAGUAAAGUUUGCAGCACGUAUUUUGAAGCCUAUGCAGUACAUAUGGUAUUUCUCACAGCAUUAAAACACUCUACGUCUCAAGCUUUUAUGUUUGGAAAAUGGAUCCUUUGCGUCUAUUAUUGUGUAUUAAGUCGAAUGAAAGCACUGGAUUGUUUUGUAUUUAGUGAUGAAGUUGCAAUUAUGUGUUAGACACUUUAGUUUUGGUACUUUUUUAAAAUAUAUUUAAUGAAUGCAAAUAAUGGUAAUGACCACAAUAUCACAUUCUAUUAUGAUCUGAUUAACAUUUGCUGAAUCGUGAGGUGUCUUUUGAUAAAAAAAGAGAAAUAAACUUUUCCCUGCUGCAAUGUCAGUUCA